AUGCGUCCCACGACCUCCGCCCUACUCCGACAUGCGCAAUUGCGCCAACGUCUCGGACAGAAGUCACUAUCUACAACAAGACAUAUUCAUAUUCGUAUGCAGCCGCGGUGCGCCAAUUGGCCUCAUUUUGCCAAUAACAAUGCCUUAUGCAGGCCUACAAACACUAAUCUCCGUACCAUCCCACCGAAACCAGUCGCAUUGGCCAAGUACAGCUCCAGUAGCCCAGCGCCCUCGAACCAGCCAUCGACGACAGCAUUUCUAAACCCUGUGACUCACUAUCGUCCCCCGCAGACUGGCCUGAUUGCAUCUCUUCCUCAAUCAUGGAUACCAUAUGCCGAGCUACUGCGACUCGACAAGCCCGCGGGCACAUACUACCUGUUCUUUCCCUGCGCAUUCUCAACGCUUCUUGCCGCUCCCAUGGCAUCUUCUACUCCACUGGAAGUCCUCUGGACUACGGGGUUGUUCUUCACUGGCGCUUUGAUAAUGCGCGGUGCGGGGUGUGCGAUCAAUGAUCUAUGGGACAGAAACCUCGAUCCUCAUGUUGAGCGCACCAAAUUCCGCCCAAUUGCUCGCGGCGCAAUAUCCCCACGGAAUGCCGUGAUAUUCACUGGAUUCAACCUUUUGGCAGGCUUGGGAGUCCUCCUGCAGUUCCCCUUCCAAUGCCUAUACUACGGGAUUCCCAGUCUCCUUUUGGUGACGACAUAUCCUCUUGCGAAACGCGUCACCUACUAUCCACAAGCCGUUCUCGGAUUGACCUUUUCGUGGGGUGCCAUCAUGGGUUUCCCCGCCUUGGGUAUCGAUCUUCUCUCCAACCACGACGCUCUGGGUGCAGCGGCGGCGCUGUACUCCAGCUGCGUCGCAUGGACGGUGCUAUACGACAUGAUCUAUGCCCACAUGGACAUUAAAGAUGACGUUGCAGCAGGCAUCAAAUCGAUCGCCCUCCGUCAUGAACACAACACCAAGACCGUCCUCUCCGGCUUAGCAGCUGUUCAAGUGGGAUUACUCGCUGCUGCGGGAGUCGCUGCCGGCGCGGGACCUAUCUUCUUCGUUGGUAGCUGUGGAAGCGCUGCGCUUACUCUCGGGACCAUGAUUUGGAAGGUUCAAUUGAAGAACGUCCAGAAUUGCUGGUGGUGGUUCAAGAACGGCUUGCUUUACAUCGUUUAUGCUGACAAAGCAUUCCGGCCGCUGUCCCGGCCCUCAUACAUCCUGCCGUCUCGCCCGGCGGCCUUCCAGCUCCCCUCGAUCCUCCACGCCCGACUCCUGUCCUCCGAAACGAGGUCCGCGAUUGACAAGGCGAUUGCCUCCGCCCCCGUCGUUCUCUUCAUGAAGGGGACCCCGGAGACUCCGCAGUGCGGUUUCUCCCGCGCAAGCAUCCAGAUCCUGGGCCUGCAGGGAGUCGACCCUAAGAAGUUUGUUGCGUUCAAUGUUCUGGAGGAUCCUGAGCUGCGCGAGGGUAUCAAGGAAUAUUCUGACUGGCCCACCAUCCCGCAAUUGUAUCUUGACAAGGAGUUCGUCGGUGGCUGCGAUAUUCUGAUGUCGAUGCAUCAGAACGGCGAUCUGGCAAAGAUGCUUGAAGAGAAGGGCGUGCUGGUUGCUGCUGACUAG